GCGGGACGGUGCAACAAGAAUACAUCCCCAAUUCAGCAUGCGGAAAUAUGGGUACUAUUUUUAGUUGAAUGUAGAGGCGUUCACUCUUAUCCAACAAAAACCAUGCCCAAAUUAAUCCAGAGAGAUCUAAUUAUAGAACUAGGUUGCUCCACGCACCGACAAGUAUAAAACUGGAUGAAUUCAAGCAAGCAUGUUUGGUUACGGUUCAAAAGUGUCGAGUCUUUGCUAGUUUUACACCAACAUAAGAAGCAAACAGAAUCAAUCUUCGUUAUUUGCAGAGAUGGAAGCUGGAGAUGUAACUCACCACAAGGAGAAAAAGGAUAAGGAACACACCGGCGAGGCCAAACCGGCAAAGGAAAAAAAGGACAAGAAAGAGAAGAAGGACAAGACCAAGGAGAAGAAGGAGAAGGUUGGGGAGGCGACUGAUGCGACCAAGCUGAGGGCAAAGCUAGAGAAGAUCGAUGUGAAGAUCGACGACUUAAAGGCGAAAAAGCAGGAGAUUGUGACACGGCUCCAGGAGCUCGAGGGCGCUGCUGCCAAUGUAGCAGCAGAGGCACCCGCGAGCGGAUGACUGGAUGAGGUUCCAACUUUCAAACAAGUUCGUAGAAAAUCAACACGA